CUGAUUGUGUGGCCGAGGUUCAUCGGAAACCUGCUACGUCCAGAUGACUACCAGGUCGCCGCGACCACUCUGGAGGACUAUUUUGCCCGCUCCUUGGGCUUCGCCCUCCUCACUCUCGGCCUUUUGGUCGUGACCCUCUCCGGGGCGGUACCGCUCACCUCCGAGGACCAAACACCGCAAGGGACGGUAUCUCCCUAUGCCAAUGCGGCCCUGGUCCUGACAUCGCUCCACCACGCCUCGGCUGCCUUUUACUGCUACAGCAGGUGGCUCAGGUCGGACCAGACGGCCUUCGUCCUGGGAUGCCUGGGCAGCACCGUGUUCGCGGUGUUCGGGCUGUGGUGCCUGAUGUUCGCCGGUGACAAGUCGCGCCGCAGCAAGAAGCACGGCUUCGACAAGGACACGAGCUCGUUCCCCUUCAAGAACACCGAGUCCUACCGCACCAAGAAGAAGGGAAUGUAG